UCAUGUUGGUUUGAGUGGGAUUCUAGAAGCACCGGAGUCAGCAUGGUUGUUUCUGCUAGCAGUGAGGCAGUCUUGAAGCCAUGUAGGCUGCCUUUACUGUCUUCAUUGUACAGACCACUGUGUAUAAUGCACAGCCAGCCCCAGGUGCUAUUCUUUUCUGAGCCAGAACCCCCUACUUCCUGUUGCAUUUUGUUGAGAUAGGAUUUUACUGUGUACCUCUGGCUGGUGUUGAACUCAAGAGAUCCACCUGCCUUUGUCUCCCAAGUGUUGGUAUAAAGGCAUGCUCUACCGCACACAGCUAAGAUUCUAUUUUAACCUCUCUGCAUGUGUGUAUAUAUGUCUGACUAUAUGUGGAUUUAUACAUAUUAGAGCAGGUGUCUGUGAAGGCCAGAAGAGGGCGUCAGAUUCUGGAGCUGAAUGAUAGGUGGUUGUGAGCUGCCUGAUACAGUUGCUGAGAAGCAAACUGGUCCUCGGCAAAAGCAAUGAACGCUCUUUCGGCCGAGCUUCUCUCCAACUCCUUAUGUCGCAUCUUAUUUUAUUUCUCUAGUUGGUUGAAUAGAGCUUGCAGUGCCUUUGGCCUGGCUAUACAGGAAUAGUACAUGUUCGAGAGUCACCUUUGGCCCUGUAUGGAUUGAGCCUCUAUUCUUCCUUAGGGAAUAAGGAAUGUUCUGUCCCAAUAGUACAGGUAUGAUCCUGAACACACUCAGUGGCUUCUUUAAGACCAACCUAUGUGGUAGUGGCACACACCAUUAAUCCCAGCAGAGGCACUUGGAUCUCUUGAGUUUGAGGCCAUCCUGGUCUACAUAGUGAGUGCCAGGACAGCCAACAAAACAAAGACCAGGCAGGCUUUGAUAAGAUGUUUGGAGAAUUGGGCAUCUAAGUUAAGCUAUGAUUUUGAGAGAUUCUAGCUUACAAAGGGCAAGCAAGCAUCUCAGCACUGGGGCAUGCCGGCAAGUGUUUGUCCCUAGAGUCACUGCUUCAUUACUGUUCCGUUUUCUAUAGUCAUCCUGCUCAGGUUCUGGAUCCGUAGACUGGAUUGUUACCACUUUAUCCUCAUGCAGAGUCAAACUCAUUCCACCAAGGUUCCACAUCCAAGUCUGAGUAAUAUGCUGUCUGUCCUAUUUGUGGACACUUGUGUCCCUUAAGAGACAGAAGAGGAAGUGGUAAAGAUGCUUUAUUUGGGGAUGAGAAUGGACUGAACAUGGCUAUGUCACACAUGAAAGCUUGACUGUUGGGCUACAUCUCCAGUCUGUGUGCAUGUAUUGUAUAUAUUCACUUGAGGCUUAAUUCCAGAAACCCUUGGGAGCUCGCUUUCUGCCUGCACACACCCAGAGUCCCCUCUUAAACACCAUUUAUCAUUUCUUGGUGAAAGAUCACCGUCUUCAGAGAUCUCCAACCAGCUGCCCUUCCAUGCAGGCACUGAUGAGCUAGCUUUACUCCCAAGCCUCCAAAGGAAGAAUCGUUGAAGAAAGUACUAGAAACACUGAUUCAUAUCACAUGACCAUAUGGAAGGGUCUCAAACCAGAGGCCUGAAUUCUGCAGCCAACGUCUUGGAAGGGUCUCUUGUUAAGCCACAGAACUAGGGAAGAAGCACUGAGUGAACAAAUAUUAGUCCUUGAAGAUGAGCAGUUACAUGGAAGACUCAGCGGAAGCCCCGGAACCAAACAGGGAAGGAAGAGCAAAUGAAACUGAAGGACCCAACAGCUGAUUUGAUGGGAAGGUAGACACCAGGAGGUUGAAGACACUGUAGGGAGAUGAAAGGCUGGGCCAGCUCAGAAAAGGGCUUAGGGGUCCUCCCGGCAGAACUUCCUACUUUGCUAUAUCCAAAGUCUGCACUGGGGAGGUGAGGAUUUUGAUCUUACACCUGCUAGGGAGUGAGUGAGUUCCGCAGAGGAGAGUGUGGGGCUGUGACAAUGAACAAUGGAAUUGGUAGAGGUAAUGCUGGGCUAAGCAACGGAUGUCAUGAGCCCUGAGGGCUGUUAAGGGGAUUUAUUCUAUGUGUAGUGGCUUCAGAGGUAGCUUCCCAGGGAUGGGAAGGAAAAACACCUGUCUUGGGACAGUAGCAAGCACAGCCUUUGCCUUCUCCAGGCAAGAAAGAUGUCCUAAGGAGUCUGAAGGUCCUUAGGACUCUGAAUGUGUACAUACAGAGAUGUCACAUUCAUUUUUGGCAGUGCACUUGCUAUGAGGUUGACUAGAAAAUAGAAUAAAUAGGCCCAAACAAGAUGAGCUAUGGGCCCAAAUGUAAGCUUGGGUUUAGCCACAUGGGUUCAGGUAGAGAGACAGCUGGCAAUUUGUUAGGAUAACAGCUAGUUAUGGCAGAAUACCGCCCAUAAAAGCAAGCAAGCAAGCAAGUAAGGGGUUAUUUUUCUCACAGGUGCAGCCGUCUUGGUAGGGAAAGCAUAGAGCCAGGAGCAUGGGGCCACAGUCAGGAAACAGAUGAAUGUUGGCACUCAGUCUAUGGUCUUGGUAGUUGGUUCAGUCCAUGUGAUAAUACCACUCACGUUUAGGAUGGGUCUUCACAACUCAGUUCAAUCAUUCUGGAAACAGCUCUGACACACACAAAGGCUUAUUCAUAACUCGGUGCUUCUAAAGCCAUUCAAGUUGGAAAUAACAAUUAGCCAUGGCACUUCAACAUCCAAAAGUACUUGAAGUUUUCUUCUUAUUGCAAAUUAAGGGUCCAGGACCAACAAGCAUCAAACACCUAAGUUAACAUUUGCUCAGCCACUAAAAGGCAAGUGUCUGUGGGAAAGCACCUAGCAUCCAGGUCACAGCAGCCUGAGUCAGAACCGAAGGACUUAAGCUUGUUUGGGAAGUAGUCUGAAAAUGUAGUUUUUAAAAACUAGCUUAGUUGGUUUUUAAAGGUAGUGAGUUUCUUAUUCCUAGGAGUCUUUACACAAAAGCUUGACUAAUCCCAUCUGGGUAGGUUUAUGCAGGACCCUUGCUACCAGAACAAGGUAAAACUUGACCCUUCUUUCAGCUUCCUCCCAGCUAGAUCUUUCUCAGUUCUGUCACUUUACAGUCUUCAGCCUAAAACCUCUUUCUACCCUGGGCCAACUUCGAAGGAGGUCAAAAUGGAGUCUUCUAGUUCUGUGUCCCUGGCUCCCAUGCCAACUGCCCACUGCUUUCUUCCCUCCCAUGUGAGCCAGGAAGCUGUCAGCGCAACCAUGUGACUCGCACCAGGUAGCCUGUGGGUUCAAAACAGGCUAGUGUCCUUUGGCAAGGAAGCAGACAAAACCACCACCAGUACACUAUCCUGACCAUCUGCUAGGUUUGGGGACAGUCGAAACUGCCUAGCUUCAGUGCCACGGGUUUGAGUGCCCAUAAGUCUCACCUACUGAGAAUACAGAUGGAUUGGACUCCACAGAAACCCAAAAACCUGGUUCCUGAAGUUUCUUUCCAACUUGGUGCGAAGCCUUCAGUCAUUCUGUGGAAAGCUACUCCCAAAUCCAGGCUGGGGGUGUGGGCCGAGGGUGAAACCCCGCCUUCGGGGUCCCUGAUCUUUGCUCCCGCCCCAGGCUCCACGCCUCCCGGAGAGGCACCGGCGGGCGGCGCUCCUUUUGUGUGUUUCUUUCCAAGGUGCAAGUACCCCCCACCCCCAACCGCUUAGGCAGUCCUCCCCUAAACACCAGCCCUCUCCUCGUCGUCCUCAGCCCCCUGCCAGCUGUGGGGGAAUCAGAUCGCUUCCAGGAGGAGGGACAAGGUCCGUAGCCCCCUCCCUGGUGCGGGGCCUGAGCCCAGUAGAGUCCAGGACCUCUGCUGCCAGUCAUGUGGGCUAGACUGUUGCUCCACAUUGCCUACAUCUUGAUUCCGUUGCUGGGGUCUUCGGCCCGAGGCCACACCGGGAGGAAGGCGUCAGGGCACUACUCUGCGGAGAGGCGUCGUCUGGGUCCCCAUGUUUGCCUCUCUGGCUUUGGGAGUGGCUGCUGCCCUGGCUGGGCCCCUUCCAUGGGCAGUGGGCAUUGUACCCUGCCCCUCUGCUCCUUUGGCUGUGGGAGGGGCAUCUGCAUCGCCCCCAAUGUCUGCUCCUGCCAGGAUGGAGAGCAAGGGGCCACUUGCCCAGAAGCCCACGGAUCCUGCGGGGAGUAUGGCUGUGACCUCACCUGUAACCAUGGUGGCUGCCAGGAGGUUGCCCGAGUGUGCCCUGUGGGUUUCUUGAUGACCGAGACAGCUGUUGGUAUCCGGUGUGCGGACAUUGACGAGUGUUUAAGCUCAUCUUGUGAGGGCCACUGUGUGAACACAGAAGGUGGCUUCGUAUGUGAAUGUGGGCCAGGCAUGCAACUGUCCGCUGAUCGUCAUAGCUGCCAAGACACUGAUGAGUGCCUGGGAACACCCUGCCAGCAGAGAUGUAAGAACAGCAUUGGCAGUUAUAAGUGCUCCUGCCGGGCUGGCUUCCACCUCCAUGGCAACCGACACUCCUGCAUAGAUAUAAACGAGUGUCGGCGACCGCAGGAGAGAAGAAUCUGUCACCACACCUGCCAUAACACUGUGGGCAGCUUCCUAUGCACCUGUAGACCGGGUUUCAGGCUUCAAGCUGACCGUGUGUCUUGUGAAGCUUUCCCGAAGGCCGUUCUGGCCCCAUCUGCCAUCCUGCAGCCCCGGCAGCAGCCUGCUAAGAUGUCCCUGCUCCUUCCUGAGGCAGGCCGGCCUGCCCUGUCCCCAGGACACAGCCCUCCUCCAGGGGCCCCAGGAUACCCCACUGGAGUUAGAACCAUCAGUCAGCCAUCUGCCACCCAGGCCCCACCCACAUUCUUUGCCACACAGUUGACAUCCACCCCAUUGCCAAGUUCCUCCCCACUGGGGACCCUUGGACCACCCUCACUUCUCCACAGGGAGGUUGUAGGGACCCCUUCCUCACCUAGGGGUCCUGAAAGCCCAAAGCUGGGAGCAGGGCCCUCUUCCUGCCGGCACCUAGGAGCCACAUAUGAAUCAGGGAGCCGCUGGAGGCAGCCCGGGUGUUCUCAGUGCUUAUGUCAGGAUGGAGAGGUGACCUGUGGAGAAGUAAGGUGUGACUCUACCUGUUCCCAUCCAAUUCCCCCGAGCGAAGGAGGGUGCUGCCCCUCUUGCACUGGCUGCUUUCACAGUGGUGUUAUCCGAGCUGAAGGAGAUGUGUUUUCACCUCCUGAGGAGAACUGUACUGUGUGUGUCUGUCUGGCUGGAAAUGUUUCUUGUAUCUCUCCCGAGUGUCCCCCUGGCCCAUGCAAGGCUUCCCCACAGUCAGAUUGCUGUACCUGUGCUCCAGGGAGAUGCUAUUUCCAUGGUCGGUGGUACACGGACGGGGCUGUGUUCAGUGGGGGUGGUGACGACUGUACCACCUGUGUCUGCCAGAAUGGGGAGGUAGAGUGUUCCUUCACACCAUGUCCAGAACUGGAGUGCCCUCGAGAGGAGUGGUUGCUGGGCCCAGGACAAUGCUGUUUUACCUGUCGGGAACCCACACCCACCACAGGCUGCUCUCUCGAUGACAACGGGGUUGAGUUUCCGAUUGGACAGAUCUGGUCGCCUGGUGAUCCCUGUGAGUUAUGCGUCUGCCAGGCAGAUGGCUCCGUGAGUUGUAAGAGGACAGACUGCGUGGAUUCUUGCCCUCACCCCAUCCGGGUCCCAGGACAGUGCUGCCCUGACUGUUCAGCAGGCUGCACCUACACAGGCAGAAUCUUCUACAACAAUGAAACCUUCCCGUCAGUGCUUGACCCCUGUCUGAGCUGCAUCUGCCUGCUGGGCUCGGUGGCCUGCUCACCUGUGGACUGUCCCAUCACCUGUACCUACCCCUUCCACCCGGAUGGCGAGUGCUGCCCUGUAUGCCACGACUGUAACUUCGAGGGGAGAAAGGUGGUGAAUGGUCAGGUGUUUACCUUGGAUGAUGAGCCUUGUACCCGGUGUGUCUGCCAGCUGGGAGAGGUGAGCUGCGAGACGGUCCCUUGCCAGCCAGUCUGUACUGACUCCUCCUGCCCAGGAUCAACUUGUACUCCUCUUUGGGAGCCUCGGACACCUGUGUAGCUGGAAGGAUUCACUUGUGGAGGAUCCACCAGGUUUUCUCGCAUGGACUUAAUCUUCAUCAGAGGGAUUCUUUAAAUGAGCAUCCGGAAGGAAAUUAAGUGAGAGAUCAAGGAGCCGUGGGGCGCCAAGAGGCGACUCCGGGGGACCACACCUUGCAUUGCAACUGCACAGUGGGUUUUCCAAAGAAGAUAGAUCACAGUGAGAAGACAAUGGCAGGGUGCCUGGUUUCCAGGCUCUGGUAUUCGCUUUCGAGCCGGCCACGGGGCCGUUCUGAACCUUUCAGCUUCCCUUUCUGUAAAGAAGAUGGGAAAAUAACUCGCUUCACGUUGACUGCUCAGGGUGGCGGUGAUGGACCGCCGGUGAUGGAACAUCUACCAUCUGUCCUAACACUCUUCCCAGUAUUGUCUUUCUCAAAGUAGCCAGAGAGGAAGGGUGGAAGAUGGGACAUUUCUACCCCAAAGCCCCUUUCCUUGUGACUCAGCUUUGGUCACCAUGAUGGUUACCAAUCAAAGCUACGCCUAGGAAGAAGCCCCACCCCCUUUUGACUUUUCAUUUUGAGACAGGGUCUUAUGUAUUCUGGGCAGCAUCAGACUUGAUAUAUAACUGAGGAUGACCUUACACUUCUUAUCAUCUGGUCUCUAUCUUUCAAAAGCUGACAUUACAAGCAGAUACCACUGCACGCAGGUGGAAGCAGCCCUCAAACCCACCUUGUUUCAAUCAGAGGUGAGGGAUGAGAGAAAAAUGGGAAAUGCCAGGGAGCUAAAGUGAGAAAUGAUGAGGCCUGAGCCCAAAGAGAGAGAGAGAGAGAGAGAGAGAGAGAGAGAGAGAGAGAGAGAGAGAGAGAGGUCUGUGGACACAGAGACUCUCAGAGAGGUGGUGGUGGACAGAUGGAUGGAUGGACAGACAGACAUGCUGAGAGAGGUCUAAAAGACAACAUAGAAGCUAUACCCCUAAAGCUGCACUGAAGGAUUUUGGUGAGAGACGUCACACAGACCAUGAUGUGACUUGUGCUCUUGGAGUUGGGUGACCCUGUAUGCCUGCCCCAAGACUUCUGGGCCUUCCGGUGUUCCUGGCAAACUAUCACUGAUGAAUGGACAUCUGAAGGUUAUGAAGGCCAGCGGGGGAUUUCAUUUCCUUCUUCACUGUAGGAUAGGCAUGGGAUAAGAGGGUCAGACAGUUUUACAGGAGUGAGAAAGAGGCCAGGCUGAUAGCACUCAGUUUAUACUUACUUGACCAAGCACUCUGAGAGGGCCACAAGCCCGAGGACCCAAAGCCAUUUCAUGAUCCUUUCCCAGGCUAAGGUGCUAGGGAGAAGCUCUGGGCCUGAAGCUGUGUGGAGAACUGCUUAUUAAGUACGUCUGGCCUGCUCUAAUCAGACCCUGGAGGGCCACUAAUGGGGCCUGAUAAGAAAUGCAAACCUCCCCGAUAACAUCUUUACCCUGGUCAGGAGAGUAAAGGGCUAAACUUUCUCAGAAUCUAGGGAGUUUUUGUGGUUGUGAACGUAGCACCAAGUCACCUGAUUUUACAGAGUGGGGAGACGCCUGCUAUCUUGGUGAUAAAGACCCUGUGGAUAAAGUGACAAAGGUAAGUGCUAGGUGCCUCUCUGCUGGUCAGAUCCCACCAGUUACUAAGUGGCCUGUGAAGUGUACUCUGCUGUCCUCAUUAGAGAGUGGGUUACUGGGAGGUACAGAAGGCCUGGUCUGACAACCUGAGUUUGCUAUCCAGGGCCCACGUGGUGGGAAGAUAGAACUGACUUGUUUAAGCAAUUUUUAACCUCCAUACACCUCCGUGGUAGUUCAGAGGCACCCACCCACCCACAUAAAACAAACACACAAAUAGAUCAGUAAAUGUAAAAAUGUAUCCAUGAUAAAUGGAAGACUUUUAAACAUUUUAUUUUUCUUCAGAAACCAACAGAUAGGCAGUUAGUCCCUGCCUUCAUGGACUUUUCAAUCUGGGGCAAGAUGGGCCUGCUCAGGACCUAGGAGGCAAAGUGGGUAGUCUGGGUGGCCAUGGUGGGCAUGGUGCUACAUUGUCUUACCACAAGGAGGCAGUCUCGAGCCAGCUCUGACUUGCCAAUGCCAGGCUGGAAGGAAGCCAUGGUGCCAAAUUGGCCACAUUUUCGAGAGAAGUCAAAGCCUGGAUUUUUUUUUUUAUGUGAAAUUCCUGCUCUUUAAAUGUUAGCAGCUCGGAUAUUAUGAUGCAGGUACUUCACAAACUGUCCCUGGCUCCUAAGCCCCUCCCUGCAAGUGGGAAGACACUCUUCAUCCUAGAGGGUACAGCAGGACACCACGCAGAAUCUGUUAACCUUAGCUUUUACCCUUUCUGUUCUGCCACAUUUUGACGUUCUUGUUGAGGAAGCUGUGACAAAGUCUCCUUAGAAAAGCAAAUGGGGGGUUGGGGAUUUAGCUCAGUGGAAGAGCGCUUGCCUAGCAAGCGCAAGGCCCUGGGUUUGGUCCCCAGCUCCGGAAAAAAAAAAAAAAAAAAAAAAAAAAAAAAAAAAAAAAAAAAAGAAAAGCAAA